AUCUCUUCAUUUCACGAAAAGGGUUUGAAUCUUUGAUACGUAACUGUGUAAUUUUUUUUGGGGAAUUUCGUCGAACAGGUGGAGAGCAUUCUGAACUUUUGCUUUACAGGAUUCUAAUUCCGUUUCUUUCUGUCUUUUGAGAUUUCAAUAAGACAACUAGAGUUUAUACAAGAGAAAAAAAUGGUGGCAAGAUUCUUUUACUCCACAAAUAUCUUGUAUUCAUGCCUUUGAGCAAAACUCGAAAGCUUUUCAUAAUGGAGAAGAGAGAACAUAUAUUUCUGAUAUUCGGGUUCGUGGUUUUGACAUGGGUGAAUGGUUCUUCUGCAACUCUUUCUCCUUCUGGUGUCAAUUACGAAGUUGUGGCUCUAAUGGCUAUUAAAUCGGAUGUAAAGGAUCCACACAAUGUUCUUGACUCGUGGGAUUUCACAUCUGUUGAUCCUUGUAGUUGGCGAAUGGUUACCUGCAACUCUGAUGGAUCUGUUUCUGCUCUAGGGCUGCCUGGUCAGAAUUUAUCCGGGACGUUAUCGGCUUCAAUCGGAAAUCUUAGUAACUUGCAAUCUAUUACACUACAGAAUAACGCGAUUUCUGGCCCAAUCACGGGUGCAAUUGGGAAGUUAUGGAGCCUUCAAUCGCUUGAUCUUUCGGGGAAUAAGUUCAGCGGUGAGCUGCCUGCUUCUUUGGGAGAUCUCAAGAACUUGAAUCUAUUGCGACUAAACAACAAUAGCCUUACGGGACCGGUUCCUGAAUCGUUGUCGCAAGUCGGAGGCCUUACUCUUGUAGACCUAUCAUAUAACAAUCUUAGCGGUUCGUUGCCUAAAAUAUCAGCCAGAACGUUCAAAAUUGUAGGCAAUCCGUUACUAUGUGAGCAUAAUUCCGAAAAUGGUUGUUCGGUUGUUUUUCCCGAACCUCUAUCUUUCCCACCGGAUGGUAUCACAGGCGAAUCUUCAUCGGGAGAGAAGAGUCGCCGUCUCGCUAUUGCUCUCGGUACAAGCUUUGGUGCUGUUUUGCUACUAAUUUUGGUUAUCGGGUUGCUCAUUUGGUGGCGAUAUCGUAAGAAUCAACAAAUUUUCUUCGAUGUUAACGAUCAAUAUGAUCCCGAAGUAUGUUUGGGCCAUUUGAGGAGGUUUACGUUUAAGGAACUUCGGGCUGCCACCGAUCAUUUCAACGUGAAGAACAUUUUAGGUAAAGGUGGAUUUGGAAUUGUUUAUAGAGGGUCGUUGAGCGAUGGCACGAUCGUGGCUGUUAAAAGGUUGAAAGCCGAUAAUAAUUUCGGGGGGGAGAUCCAGUUUCAAACGGAAGUCGAAACCAUAAGUUUGGCUGUUCAUCGAAAUCUUCUACGCCUUUGGGGAUUCUGCUCAACAGAAAACGAGAGGAUUCUAGUCUAUCCGUUUAUGCCAAAUGGCAGCGUUGCUUGUAAAUUAAAAGAUCGUAUCCAUGGUAGGCCGAUUUUGGAUUGGUCGAGAAGGAAAAAUAUAGCUUUAGGAACAGCGAGAGGUUUACUGUAUUUGCAUGAGCAAAGUGACCCGAAGAUAAUUCAUCGUGACGUUAAAGCAGCCAAUAUUCUUUUGGAUGAAGAUUUUGAGGCAGUUGUUGGUGAUUUCGGGCUGGCUAAGCUGUUGGACCACCGUGAUUCUCAUGUAACCACUGCGGUCCGUGGCACCGUGGGUCACAUUGCUCCUGAGUAUUUGUCGACCGGUCAAUCAUCCGAUAAAACCGAUGUUUUCGGUUUCGGGAUCUUGCUUCUUGAGCUAAUUACAGGUCAAAAGGCUUUAGAUUUCGGAAGGGUGGCUAACCAGAAAGGCGUAAUGCUUGAUUGGGUAAAGAAGCUCCAUCAAGACGGAAAACUGAACCUAAUGGUUGAUAAGGCUUUAAGCAACAAUUUUGAUCGGGUCGAGUUAGAAGAAAUGGUUCAAGUCGCGCUUUUGUGCACCCAAUUCAACCCUUUGUAUCGACCAAAAAUGUCGGAAGUAUUGAGAAUGUUAGAAGGAGAAGGAUUAGUAGAACGAUGGGAGGCAUCACAAACAAUUGAAACACCAAGAUUUCGAGCAUUAGAAAGUUUUCCACAAAGGUAUGCAGAUUAUAUCGAAGAAUCUUCACUUGUAGUCGAAGCAAUGGAGCUUUCGGGCCCUCGGUGACCCGUAACACUCGGUUUUCGAGCUCGGUUUUGUGCUUUUCAGUGGCUAAAUGAAUAGAAUUCAUCUGUAUAAAAGUAAAAGAUAUCUUGUGUACAAUGGUUGCCUCUUUUGUAUUGGAAUUGCUUGGUUCGUAUAUAGAAGUUCUAUUUAC